AUGAUUGAUGAACUGGAUGUAGACGACAUCCUUGAUAAUGUGGACCUUUUAGCUCCUCAUCAAACUACGGAAAUACAAAAAUUCCUUAAAGCACCUGAUCUUGAGUCGUUCAAGAAAAUCCGGAACGAUUUACUUCGGACGCAAGAUGCCCUCGAUAACAAAUUCAUCUGCUGGAAUGCGGCAUUUCUCAAGGCACUUACUGAGGAUCAGAGAAAUGCAAAUCCAUCGAAAGAAUUCGACGAGAGAGUUGCAGAGAAGAAGAAUCGUCAAAAUGAACUGCAGAAAAGCAUUAUCACCGUCAGUAAGCAGUGGGGUAAGGAAAUCGUCAAGCACUACCACUGGAUUUCAGAAGGAGAACAUUACUGCAACAAACUUCGUACGAUAGCAGUGAGGAUCCCAAAGUGGUCAGAGGCUGUGGAAAUUCUCAAUCAAUCACUUGUCGAAAGGGUUGCCGGUCAUGCGAGGGACAAGCGAAUAAAGAAUGUGGAAGGUGCCAAUUCGAUUCGACUCUGGGAUUUGAAGCGUAUCACUCAGACAAUUCGUGGGACAAACGUGCCACCUACCAGGUUCAUCUCGCACGAUCUGUCACCGAAGAAGCAGAAAGGGAGCGUUUGUGCUGGUGGUCAUUAUGCCACUGCCUUGAUUACACCACUAAAAACACCGGUGGCUUCGAAGCCCCACAGGCUGAGCACAUUACCAGACUCUAUAUCUCUCCUCGAUCCAGGGACACGACUCAACGACAAAAUCGUUAACGAAUAUAUGUACCAUCUUGCGCAGCGCUACGGUUUUUGCUUUGUCAAUAGCUUUUUGCUCAAGCGGUUUGACACUGAGCAAAAGUGGAAAGCAGAAACUGGUGAUCCUUUAAAGUCGGAUCUUGUCUUGAUGCCUGUCCAUGACAAGAGCAGCGAGCAUUGGUACCUCCUGGCCAUGUUUAAGUGCACGGACAGCACCAAAUCGGACGCCAGCAGUCGAAUUGUAUGGUUUCUCGAUUCACUCGGGCCUUCGCAAUCGCAGGAAAAAAUGCACGAGUGCACUUUCGCAAGCUGGCUCAAAUACCUCAAUACCUGUGGCAACAACGCACCGGUGGAAAAAAGACGCGUCCAGGUUCCUAAACAAACCAAUGCAGUCGACUGUGGAGUCUACGUCCUAGCAUUCGCUCAAGAGAUCGCCAAAAACGCCAAAACAUCCGCGCUGGACGAUGGCAGUUUUAACUGGCAUUUCGACAUGACCGAAUUCCGCAAAACCAUAGCGAAAACUAUCGUCAACAAUCCUGCUGCUAUAACUAAGACGAAUGGGAAAGACGACGACGCGUUUGUAGUCGAUGCUAAGAGCACCAUUCCGCCCUUUAAUUGUGCCCUGUCGCCUUGGCAGUCCAUUUGUACGCAGCCGGCCAAGAAAUCAAGAGGGUUUGAUGGAAGUUCCAUUUCAUUAGCAAACAGCUCGCCCCCAAUACCGUAUACAGGUGGCUCCGACACCAGCGAGUAUCAGUCCGAACCAUCAGCUUACUUCACAACAGUUUUACGAACUAGCGAUUCUGUCCAGGAAGCUUCAUAUUCGAAUACCAGCACGCUCAACCAGCCAAGAAGGGACACUGCCCAGGCGUCUGCAUUUACUGGGUCGGUAAAUGACAAAAACACCCCCUCUGUUGAUGGCUGGGCUCCAGUGUUUAAGAGGCAUAAUUUCAUGCCAGUGGUUGACGAAUCAUGCCACCCGAUCAAUAUGGAGGAUAUAUCAAUCAUUCAUAAAGAUGGGUUUUUACACUGGGAGGACGAUUAUGCCGCUCUAGGGGCCGCUCAGUUGGAAGAGACGAACCUGUGGACCAAGGCGGGAAUCAAUAUCCUGCGAGCCAUUUUGACAAAUAGGCGGUUGCAAAAUAUCCUGAAUCUUUGGUUCGGCAAAAAUGGUCCGCAUACAAUCCUACAUUGCUUCUGGUGGAGUAAUGGCGCAACAGAAGGCCAACCCAUAUUCUUCCAGCAACAUGGAUAUCAGGUCCAGCAGUAUUUGGGCGUACAUAUACUGCCCAAGACAACACUUGUCGAGUACUUUUCCGGAUCUCAUACCAAGGAGUGGCCGGUCACAGACAUGCUAGAAAACCUCGGAUUAUGGUUCAAAAACUCGGAAGAGUCACUUCAAGGGUACAGCACCAGUAGCCCCGUAUCAAAUGGAUUGUAA